AUGGAUCCCGAAGCCUUUUUGGAUCUGGCCAACCAGGUCAUUAAACUUAAAAUGUACCCAUAUUUUGAUAUAGCACAUUCUAUACUCUGCGCUCUUGCAGUCAGAGAGGAUUUAGGAUCUGGUGCCCAGUCGUUCUCCCGCAAACAUCCACUGUCAUGUUGGCUGUCCACUAUGCUGGUGAUCUUCGCGGGCGGCAUGGUGGCCAACGGACUGCUGGGAGAACCGAUCCUGGCGCCACUUAAAAACACACCGCAGCUUGUCAUAGGAACUAUUUGUUGGUACUUGGUAUUCUACACACCUUUCGAUGUCGGCUAUAAAGUGGCAAAGUUUCUACCAGUAAAAGUUGUAGCAUCUGCAAUGAAAGAGAUAUACCGCGCCAAAAAAGUGUACGACGGCGUGAGCCACGCUGCCAAACUGUACCCUAAUGCCUACGUCAUAAUGAUUAUUGUAGGCACCCUGAAGGGUAAUGGAGCCGGUUUCAGCAAGUUGUUGGAGCGACUCAUCCGUGGGGCCUGGACACCAACCGCCAUGGAAACCAUGCAGCCAAGCUUCUAUACGAAGGCAUCUCUCGUUGCGUCUGUUAUCUUCGUUCUAGACAAGAAGACCGACCUCAUUUCGGCGCCGCAUGCCCUAGUCUACUUUGGAAUUGUCAUAUUCUUCGUUUACUUCAAGCUUUCAUCAAUUCUGCUGGGCAUCCACGAUCCCUUCGUGCCGUUCGAGAACUUGUUCUCCGGAACAAUAGGUCGUGUUUUAGAAUCCACAACAUGUGCUUGA